UUCAUUUUCAGUUUCCCAAUGCCCCCACCAAACUUUAGCCUUAGUACCCCCUCUCAAAUUCUCCUUUCUUUCUUCCUUUUGCUUUUUUUUAUAAUUUUCCCAUUUUUCUUUGUCUACAAAGUUGCAAGCUUUACCUGUGAUUUCUCUCUUCUAGACUUAUAAAGGUUUGAAACUUUAGUUGAACCAAGGAGGAUUUGAUUUCCAAUGCAAGGAGGUGGUGGUGGUUCUGAAAGUGGGUCUAUGUCUACAGUUUCAAGGGAGGACAACAUGGUGAUGUCCUCUGAGGAUUCUUCAUGCUCUGAUGAGUCUGAGUUGGAGUUGGGUCUUGGUUUGAGCCUUGGUGGUUUUAAGAUGCACCAAGUCUCAAGAGGUGGUCAUUAUGCUAGGAUUUUGACUGCUAAGGAUUUCCCUUCUGUCAUUUCUGCUUCUUCAUCACCUUCUUCAUCAUCAUCAUCAUCAUCAUCAUCAUCAUCUUCUUCUUCUUCUUUAAGUAGGGCUAAUGUCACAGCUGGGACCAAGAGGACUGCUGAUUCUGUGGCUGCUGCUAAUUCCUCUAGUCAAGUCGUGGGAUGGCCUCCGAUCAGAGCUUAUAGGAUGAAUAGCAUGGUUAACCAAGCAAAAAACCAGGCCACCGAAGGAUUUAACUCAACAAUGGAGAACCAUAAAAGUGAGACCUCUACUGUUGAGAAGGGUACUACUGGCAUUAGCAGCUACCAGAAUAGUGGCAAUGCUAAACUCAGAAAAUCCCUGUUUGUGAAGGUGAACAUGGAUGGAAUUCCAAUUGGAAGAAAGGUUGAUAUGAAUGCCCAUGAAUCCUAUGAAAAGUUGGCAAAAACUUUGGAAGAUAUGUUUCUGAAAACCACUCCGAAUGUCAAUCCAGCAGGAUCAAGGGCUCUAAAGCUUGGUAUGAUGAACAAACUAACAAGAUCCUCAAAACUGCUGGAUGGAUCAUCUGAUUUUGUGCUCACUUACGAGGACAAGGAGGGGGACUGGAUGCUUGUUGGGGAUGUUCCUUGGAAGGUGUUCCUUAGCUCCGUGAAGAGGCUUAGAAUCAUGAGGACAUCCGAGGCUACUGGAUUGGCUCCACGAUUGCACGAGAGGAACUGCCAGAGACAAAGAAGCAAGCACAUCUAGAAUAUGCUAGCAAACAUACAAAUCAAAAAGGAAAUACAGAAUAGUUAAAGCACUUUGACCGAGUAAAGUUUGAACUCCGAAGACUCGGUUUGUUCUCGAUUACAAUAUUAUUUUGUUACAUGUUUUCGUCAACCUCUCAAUUACAGUCUUGAGGAAUAGUUGCCAUACUUAUUAAAGGCACCAAUAUCUCAGUUUUCAAUAUGUAAUAUUAUAUUAUACAAAGGCACCCAGUAAAUGCUGUAAUUUUUUUGUUGCUGUAAAUAACACAGCCAUUGUAACUGUAUUAUUUUCAAAAGCAAAGAAUUGAGAAGAAUUCUCAGAA